GGAAUGUCAAUUAAACCAUUAGUUGACAAGUUGGGAGUAAAGAGAAGUACGAAACACAAACCAAGUAUGGGUGAAAAAAUAUUUACAAGGUUACUAGAUCAUGCUAUGGCUGGUGUAGAAGAUAUCACUGGUUCCCAUGGACACAAUUAUUGGAGAGAUAGGUGGGAGGAAAUUGAUCGCAAAUAUCUUCAACCUCUUUUAUUGCGAGAGCUUCCAGAAGCCAAAGACACCCAAAUUUUACAAGUUUAUACAAAUUUAAACAUCAAAGAUGCCUUAGAAUAUGUUAAAAGUGCUGGAACUUUUAACUUACAGCAUGCGAGUCCUAGCAUAGCUAGUUUUCUGCGAAGAAAUGCUUCCUCAAAUGUCCUUGGAAAUUCUUCAGAUGGAAUUGACGUCUGUAUUGAUAUGCAAAGUGUCGGAGGCACUGGUGAGUUGGCUUCACGACACAUUGAUGAUGCUCAGUUACAUCAUUUACAAGACGUUGUUUUCAAUAGUAUGCACAAAACAAGGAAACAG